CUUAGUUUAGGCAAGCAGGGGCAAGCGGCACACAAGAACACGGCAAGGUUCGGUGCUUCACUCUGAAGGUAAACAGCCGGGACACGGUUCCUACGCUGACGUGCAGGCCUGUCGUCUGCCGUGCUGCAUGUGAUGGAGCAGAAGAGACCAGAGAGCUGCUUAUUCCACAACGAAGACUUAAUGGCGCCAGAGUUCAUAUCAGCGAGACAGUUAGGACAUCUGAUGGAAACCACCCCGAGUGCCGUGCAACUGGUGGACUGUCGUUCUUUCCUCAACUACAACGCCGACCGCAUCACGGGGUCCGUCAACAUCUUCUGUCCGCCACUCGUGAGAAAACGGUUUGCGUCAGGACUUCCGCUGGCGACCAUGUUAUCUGCAGAGACCCGUGCCACCCUGUGCAGGGGCGGAGUGGACACCAUGGUGUUGUAUGAUGACCACAGCGACGAAGAUGCUUGGCAUGUGGAUAACUGUGAUCUGCAUUUGGUGAUGAAGAGUCUCAAAACCUUUCUGGAGCCUGGGCCGCGACAGUAUUUGGUUCUUUCAGGCGGGUAUUGUCAUUUCCAGAACGAGUAUCCACAGAUGUGUUCUAGUCACUCGUCGUUAUCAGGGCAGCUCAGACCGCUGGAGCGUGCGCACACGCACCCGGGGCACCCUCAGACACAUCCUAGUACACAAGGUGGCGCUCCAGGCGACGGCUUUCAAGCGAUGUCGCCGGUGGAGCUGCUGCCAUACCUGUACAUUGGCAACGCCAGUCACUCGAGCAUGAAGGAGCUGCUGCAGGAGCUGCGCAUCUCUGCUAUUCUCAACGUGUCGACCACGUGCCGAAACCACUUCCCGCACGACUUCCGGUACAAGGUCAUCCCCGUGGAGGACAACGAAAGCGCAGACAUCGCCACAUGGUUCACUGAGGCCAUUCACUUCAUCGAGCGAGAGCGACAGACAGGUGGCAAAGUACUGGUCCAUUGUCGUGGCGGCAUCAGCCGGUCAGCCACCGUCUGCCUAGCCUACCUCAUGUACUCCCGCGCCCUGCAGCUGGAUGACGCCUUCGAGUACGUCCGCGCCCGUCGCCACGUCAUCUCGCCCAACGCCAACUUCAUGAUGCAGCUGGUUCAGUUCGAGGCGGAGCUGCGCACCCUGGGUUUCGACCGCGCGCGCAUGCCUUUGAAGCCCGCGUUGUCUCCGUGUCGCCUCUUCUCGCACAGUAAGUCCGCCUUCGAGCUGACGUCAGAGCCAGAGAAGUCGUCACGGAGCCCCACUGACGUCACCCCUUUCACGUGCGUGCCGUUGGUGUCCAGCCCAGUCAUCUCACCACUAUGACGUCAAGAGACGUUAGACGCAGACCUCCCGUGUUGUGUUGGAGUCACAUGAGGACGAGGGCUUAGGCGGUCACCAUGUUGAGGAAACAGUUGAUGACAUCUGCUAAGUGUUUCCAUCCCCUCUUCCCCCCUGCCAGGUGCGUCACCAACUUCCUCCCGCUCACCCUUACUCUCGCACAGCCAGCUAGCAGUCUCCUGUCGGACUAUCACAGCCACGUUAGCCACAAGCUCUGAAGGCGGCGUCCGAGGUAACAUUAAAUGCUGUCUUGUGCCACGUGUUGUAACAACUCCAUAUUUAUCAAAGUGUCGUAAUAGUUGAUGACUGUCAAACUGUGAAACUUCUGUCAUCAAACAUAUCAAAGAUUUGUAAUUAUUAUAUUGUAAUGUAACCCUCGGGAGAAAGAUAGAGGAGACGACAAGGAGAGAAAAAAAAGAAAAAGAAAUGGAACAAAUCUACAGAAAUCUGCAGUUUCCAAGACUGAGUUGUAAAGACAUCUCACCACACCGUGUGUAAACAUUUUCCCACUGCGUGUAAACCUUACCCCCCCCUGUCUCAGGGGCUGAUAGUCGAGACUACAUGUUAUCCACUCUACGUGCGGAUCCAGAAUCAAACUGGAAGAACAUAUGGCCAAGGAAAUGGCGUUUUCGGUUAAAAACAACAACAACAACAACAACAACAACAACAAAAAAAAAAAAAAAACAAACAAAAACAACCAGCCCAACCAUUUCAAAACAGCUAUAUCAGGAAUCAUAGGGAACAUAAUUUUGGAAGAAAAAUAACCCUUUUGAAACGAGCAAUAGAAAACUAAAACUAAUUCCCCCUCCUGAAUGUGGUGGCUGAUGGAAGGUCAGGAGGGGAUUUCAAGUAUUAAGGUGUCUGGCAAGAGUUUAGAGAAAGAGCUGAUGGUCACGUGAUAUGACAUGCUCUUGUUGCAGACUAUUAUUGUGGGUGGGGUGGAGGUGGAAGGUCUUUUAUGUUGCUAAGACCGAACAAAGCAAUACCGGACUUCACUCGGCCUAGCGGAUGUACAGGUGGGCAUCGAAAGGUCCAAGACAUUGACUUGCUGGCCGGACUGUGGUCACUACAAUGGGCAGUCUUUUGGUGGUGAUGCAGGAAUUGUACACUUUAGGUAUUUCUUUUGCUAUCUCCGGUGUUGUGCGUCAGCAGUGUGUCAAAGCAGUAUGAUACAACAGAAUGUGGAGACAGUACACACGAGUGUAUGUACGACUGACUGCUACAAGGCAGACAGACAGACAGACAGGCAGGAAAGUUUUCGGGUGCUGAGUAAAUGAAAGAAUGAAAAGGCGAGUUGAUUAGAAGAAUUGUUUGGCCGCGUGUGUGUUUAGGGUGCAUGCUGCAUAGGUAGGUAUGAGAAGGGUUUAUCGUAGGACUGCUAAUAUGACUGGUACAUUGCUAAUCCCCAGUAUAUUCUCUUAGACAGAAAAGUCUGACAUACCAGUACUUCACAACAGCUGACAUCAUUGUCUAAGCAUACUAGAUGCGUGCGUUCGCAUGGUGAGCGUGUAUGAUUUUUUGUGUACGUGUGUGUGGUUAAAGCUGAACAAACACCUUGUGAUGACACAAAACGGCUACAGACAAGGUAGGUUAGGAGUUGUUUCACUUUCUGGUACACCUCCUCGAAUGAAAUCACGAAACCUUUUUAUUUAUCUCCCUCCCCAGCCAGUGCGUGGGAGGAGGCGCUGAAAUUUCAUCUCUUAUCCUCCUCCUGCCACCCACGCUUCGAAGAACAAAGCACCGCGAUAGCAAAUCAUUAAAAAAAAAUUAUAUUUCUACCCGAAUCCAAACUGGCAGUCCAACCUGAGUUUGUGCCGAGUGCAUGUACCUUUUCUAUCGGUCGAGACAAUACAUAGGGUGAACCUUGAGUAACAUGAAGCCACUUGGUGUACUCGACCUCUGACAGAGUGGAUGUAGUUCAAGUGAUGGUGUGUGUGUGGGUGUUACGAUGCAGGAUCCAUACCCAUAGGUAUUCUUUGAACAUCGACGACGUUUAUAAACUCACAACUUGAAAUCAAAAGUUUUUCCUGGCUUAAGAAAUUUUUUGACGAUAAGGUAUAUUGCAAACAAAACCUCAAAGACUGCAAGCCAUCACUCUUCGCCAGCCGAUUAUCCAGUGGCAGCCCUUCUGCACUCUCUGUUGUUAUCAUCCAUGUUAUCUAUCAUCGCUUGAUUUGUCGCAGAUGAUCCGAUACUAUAUCUCGCUCUUUUUUUAGGUGUCUGUGUGUUUGUGUGUCUAAAAGGAUAGGAUAGAAAUAUUAUCAGACUUUUAUCUUGAAAAAUGCGGUCAGGGGAGUAAGUCAUAAAGCAAUGACUUGCAUCACAGUCUUACGAUCGUUCCUAACUAGGAGAAGUGUCGAAGUGUCGAACCUUCGAUGUGCCCCAGUUCACUGGUAAAUGUAUUUACAAACAUGUUUGGACUCAUCAUUUUGGCAAAGUUUCAAUGUUCGGAACGUGCGCCCCAGAAUCAAUGGUUUCCUGUGAUCUUCACAAACAACUUUCUCAAACUUGGACGACAUUUGCCUGGUUAAGAAGGGUCUUUAUAACAGUGUAUAAACUGAAUAGGUGGGAUCACGGAGCAGCAUCCUUGACCGAGAAAGUAAUGUUUUCAUGGCAGAGAGCCUAAAAAUGUCGGGACUAUUUCUUUCCUUUUUCCCUCUUUCUAGUAAUUCUAGUACAGAUAACAUGGGAGAAAUUGCUGUGGAGCACGGCAACUACACCUUCAUGUAAAAAGGCUAACGGGUACAGCCCACGGUCACUUUAUUUCUGCCGCCACCCUUUUCUUUGACAAUUUUUCCUUUUUUUUCUUUUAUGGCCAAUAGUUUCAGAUUCCAAAGAGCAGCUGUUUGCAUAUAAUCAAUGCAAAAAUCGUUUUGAACACAGGUGCAUUAUUUUCUAGAAACUUUCUCGAAUGACGUUCUUGCUUUUUGUUUGUUUGUUUGUUUUUGCUUUGUUUUGUUUUGCUUUGCUUUAGAUCUUGUCUUACAUUACCUGAGAAAGCAAUCUUCGUAUUUGUUCUCCCUGGAGAACACUUUUUUCCCUCUCAUUCUGUUUUCGAAAUUUGAUUCUUCAAAAUUGCACAGGAAAGCAUUUCUCUUAUCUAAUCAGAACACAACUGCUCGACAUUGUCAAAGAGCUCGGUCGUCUUAGAAUGGAAAAUGUUCUUAGGUCAUGUGAGUUUAGUUUAUAUAACCUGCUAGCGGUGAAUACCAGAAAAAGAUAUUUUCUUCAACACUUUAUGUUUUGCGUCUGUCCUACCCUUUGACCCGUCUUCGUGUCUGGUAAAACUGACUCGAGUCAAAUAAAAGGUCGCAACAAGUCAGGUGAACUUCCAAGUAGAUAUCUGUGCCCAAUGUUAUGUCUGCACCUUCAGAUGAGCAGUUCCCUCCUAGGACUUACAGAAAGCUGAGAUACAUGUGUGUAAUGUUGUGUAGCUGCAGAUGUAGCGAAUGAUAUUGUGUACUGAGCCUCUGACUUUCCCCUGUUCCUCUAUUCCCAAAUUUCCUUCAUACCCGUCCACUGCUGCCACUUCAUCAAUCUAUCAUGUGUACACACAGACCCGCGUUGGACCUGUGUAUGUAUAUAAGCCCGUGUUUAAUAUUUACUAGUAAAAGAUGUCGACUGUGUUUGCUACUUACCGUUUGUGAUUAAGCUAUUUUUGUGCACAAGGUCUUGUAUAUAUUUAUUUGAGAGAAUGCUGGAUAUGGUUCGCCUGCAAACAUGACUACAGAACAAGAUUUGAUAUUUUUCUACGUGCUGUUACGUGUGUGAUGGACGUGCAGAAGAUACGCAUUAAUAAAUUGAAAAAAAUG